UUUUGAAGCGACAUAUUAGUUUUUAAGUGAAUUUAAAAGGUUGUUCGUUUCAAAAAGUGUAAUAAAAUACUCAAUUGAAUUUUGUCGAUUUUUUUAAGAAAUAUUGGUGAACACGUAAUUUAUUGGUAAAUUUGGCAUUACAUAUUUUCUUUAGGAACAAUAAGAUGUCAUUAAAAUAAAAAAGUUCACAAAGUGCAUAUUUGUUUGUAUGUACGUGUUAUCGAAAAUUAUUUUUGUAAAAUUUUCAAGAAUAUAGUAUUUAUACAUAUUCAUAAUAAUAUUAGACGAUUCCGGAUUAAAAUAAGCAAAAAACAAAAUUUAUGUACGUCAGUCUGAAAAAAGGUUUUUGUUAAUAUGAAUAAAGUGCAAAAUUUUUUAUAACAAUCAAGUUAACAAUAUGUGCAACCUAUGUUUCAAAAAAAAGACUUAUAAAAUUUUUCUUAAAAACAUAAUAUGUCGGACUUAGCUUCAUAGAAAAAAUUUUGGUUUAUGUUUUCGCGUCUUGCAAUAAUGUCGACAAUAAUUUUAUUGAAAAUUUAAUGGAAAUAAGCUGCACAAAUACAAACAUAUUUGGAAUUGCACGCAAUUGUUAUAUUUUAUAAGCAAAUUGCUUUAGUUUUAUAAUAAAAAGUGUUAUUGCCAAUUAAAAGCAAAAUAAUGACUGAUCCAGAACGCUCAAGUAUUUCAUCCGGGUUUGCAGUACCACAAUGGAUACGUUCGAAAACAGAUCGAAACGACUACGAUGUUAAUUUUUCACCUCCGCCACAUGAUGAUUCGUUUUUCUAUAUACGUUAUCCAGUACAAGAUAAACCUAGAACCACUAUUAAAAAUUUAUCUGAAAAAAUUCAAGAGGAUACAAAAAAUCACAAUUUUGCAUCAAAGGCAGCUUUAUUUUCGAAUCAUACAGAACCAUGCAAAAAAUUUAUGAAUGAAUCUAACGUGGACGGAGUUAAACACCCACCCAAAUCAUUUGGAACAGAUGAUGGUUUUCAAGGUUCAAAUGCCGCAUGUGGUAGUUCUAUAAUUGAAGUUGCACAACGUAUGGUAUCAGGUCGUUCUUUUCAUUCUAACAGAGGAUUACAAGUUUCUAACGUGGAUCAAGACGAAUUUGAAUCUUUUCAAUUGAAAACUGUCGAAGAUCAAACUUUGAAAACAAGUUCAUUAAUUAAACCAGAACCUUACGAAUUAGAAGCACAACAGGCUAAAAACAGAUUAUUAAUACGCCGUGGAUCUAAAUCGUUACCGUCAUCACCACUUGGAUCGCCCAAAUCGAUGAGGAAAUUUCAGGCUAAUCCAUAUUUCACUGGAACUUUUACCCUUGCUAACCAGAACACAGAAGGAAGGGGUUGGUUUCUAGCAUCACUUUUGGGUAUACAACGUGAAGCAACACCAUCAUCAUCAAUACAUCAUAUAGACGAGGAACCAGAAAAUUUCAACAACGAUAACGUUGAGCAAAGUGAUAAUGCAAAAAAUUUGCAUACAAAAAUUCUAAAAGCAAAACCAUCAGAAUUAAGAGAAAUGAAUUUUUGGUCUCCAACAUCGAUGUAAAUAUUUAAAUUCUAAUUUUUCAUUAUUAUUUCGUCAAAAUAAGCCCUUUAAACAAUAAAUUGGCGAACUCAAAAUUUUUUGUAUUAUUAAACUUUAAAAUGAUAUUAAGAAAGAAAAUGUUGAGUUAUAUUGUACAAAAUCGAUUUAAUUAUUGUAUAUAAAAAUGGUUUCAAAUUUGUUUAUGAUUUUAAUAAUUAAAAAUUAGGGAAAAGAAAGAAAAGUGAGCAUCAAUGAAAAAUAUUUUUUCUAAAUAUUAAAUAAAUUAAUUAUAUCAUAAGAAAAACUUUGGAACGGUUUUCUUUUCUCGUUUUUGCAUAAAAUUUUAUGUAAAAACAACUGGGAACAUAGAUUAACAAAAAAAUAUUCCUCGAAACUUUUUAAUUUGCAAAUUAUAACUUAUAUAAAAAAUUGUCGUAAAAUUUUUAUAUUUUGUAAAUAAAUCUUUUGAAUUAGUAUCAUUUUUGUUAAACUUUUUGUUCUGGUUCAGAAAAUUAUGUAAAAACUAUAAAAAUGUAUUUUAUAUUAUAUUUUUCAA